CCCCCACCCCCUCCCCUCCUCCAGUCCUCAAGAACACCGAGCCGCUCAAGGGCACCCGCAUCGUCAUCGGCGUCCCCGGCAAGCUCGGCACAGACCUCACCGAGCAGGUCAUGCGCCUUGGCGCCAAAGUCUCCAACAACGUCACCAAGACAGUCACGCACCUCAUCGCAAACACGGCGGACAUCCAGUCGGGUUCGCCCAAGAUCACCGCAGCCAAGAAGAACAACGUCCACAUCCUCGAUGAGCGCUGGGUCGAGGCGUGUGAGGAGGAGGGUGACCUCGUCGAUGAGGCCAAGUAUGUCGCCCUGGCGGCAAGCGUCAACGGCGCUGCCAAUGGCACCGCCAACGGCCACAGCGGAGCCAACGGAGCGGCCAACGGGAAGAAGCGUGCCGCGGAGAGCGAUGACGAGGAGGACGUCAAGCCUGCUAAGCGUGGAAAGAAGGCCGCCCCCGCAUCAGCCAAACCCGCGCCUCCUAGCCCAUCUAAGGCUGCAGGCGCCAUCACCUCCACCAAGCUUCAGGACACGGCGGACAAGGUCGCUAGCAAGGGCGACCUCGACGGGCAAAAGGCCAAGAAGACCAAGGGUUUUAACGUCCCCGUUGACGAGUACUGCCACUUGGUCAACUACAAAGUCUACAUCGAUGAUGAUGGCAUGAUCUACGACGCCAACCUCAACCAGACAAAUGCUGGAAAUAACAACAACAAAUUCUACCGCGUGCAGAUCCUCUAUAAUGGCGGCAACUAUAGGACAUGGACGCGAUGGGGCCGUGUCGGAGAGGCGGGUCAAAACAAGCUUCUCGGCUGUGGCACCCUCCCGGAUGCCAUUGCCAACUUCAACCAAAAGUUCAAGGACAAGUCUGGCCUGAACUGGGCGCAGCGCAACGACCCACCGAAGCCCAAGAAGUACACGUUUAUCGAGAAGAGCUACGACGAUGACUCGGACAACGAAGGCGCGGACAAUGACGUCAAGGAGGAGGAGGAUGAGGAGGAGGAGUGGGUACCGCCAGAGUCCAAACUCGAGCAGCCAAUUCAGGACCUCAUGGCCCUCAUCUUCAACACCAAGUACAUGAACAACGCAAUGAGGGAUCUCAACUAUGACGCGCAGAAGAUGCCUCUGGGCAAGCUUUCAAAGAGUACCAUUCUGAAGGGCUUCCAGGCUCUCAAGGACCUCGCCUCGCUCUUUGACGACCACUCGCUGGCCCAGUCGGUUCACGGUCAGGCCUACCAGUCCGCUGUGGAGAUGCUUUCCAAUCGAUUCUACUCGUACAUUCCCCACGACUUUGGCCGCAACCGUCCGCCAAUCAUUGCCUCCGAGGCCUUGCUCAAGAGGGAGAUUGAGCUGCUCGAGUCGCUCGGCGACAUGAAGGAGGCGGCGGCGAUUAUGAAGGCCGAGCGCCCCAAGGACACCAUGCACGCUUACGACCGGCAGUUCAACUCGCUCGGCAUGGAGGAGAUGACCGUGUUGGACAAGGCCUCGAAGGAGUUCAAGGAGCUUGCCGCGUACCUCGUUGACUCGAAAGGAGCAACCCACCAUGUUAAUUAUCAGGUGGAGGAGAUCUUCCGCAUCGAGCGCGCAGGCGAGACAAAGCGCUUCGACGAGAGCAUCUACCCGACCAUCCCAUCGGAUCGCCGUCUGUUGUGGCACGGCUCGCGCGCGACCAACUUUGGCGGUAUCCUGUCGCAGGGUCUCCGCAUCGCUCCCCCCGAAGCACCAGUGUCCGGCUACAUGUUCGGCAAGGGCAUCUACCUCGCCGACAUGUCCUCCAAGUCAGUCAACUACUGCUGCUCCUACCUGUCGGAUAGCACUGCGCUUCUGCUUCUCUGCGAGGCCGAGCUCGGCGACCCGCUUCAGAAGCUCACCAACGCGUCGUACAACGCCGGCGACAGCGCCAAGGCUGGCGGCAUGUACUCGACCUGGGGCCAGGGCAGGGUCGGCCCGUCGAAGUGGAAGUGCGCGGGCGAGGCGCAUGAGUCGCUCAAGGGCAUCAAGAUGCCCGACGUAACAACCCCACCCGGCGACACCAACGUCGACGGCGCGUACCUCAUGUACAACGAGUACAUUACAUACGACGUCAACCAGGUAAAGCUGCGCUACCUGUUCCGUGUCAAGACGUAGUGUGCGUGAGGUUCUCGAUUCUUCUGCUUGGGUAUACCCCUUCGGCUUUGCUCUAUAUGUUUGUUGGGAAAAUGGAUAUCGAAGUGCUUGUGAUGUACAGAGCGUGGUCUUCG